AUAUGGAUUUAAAUUUUUUUUUCAUUACAUGCUUAGUAUUUAUCUUAUUGUGAUAGAGUGUACAUAACAUAAAAUUUACCAUUAGUGACAUUUAGUACCCAGACAGUGUUGUGCGACCAUUACUAUGGUCUACGUUCCACAACAUUCUCAUCACCCCCAAAGGACACCAGACCUAUUGUUCUCUCCUUGUCUCAACUCUUGGCAGCCACUAAUCUGCUUUCUGUUGCUGUAAUUUGCCAACUGUGCAUACUUCACGAAACACAACUUCCAUCAACCACAAGGGAUGCUGCUACUCAGAUGCCACCUGAAACACACUCCUCUUUCUCAGGCUUCGUGUGGGCUCUGUGCCAUAAUGGGGAAACUGCAGAGCAAACUCAAACACAGCAGUUACAAAUACAGCAGGCCUGACGGAAUCAUGGAAGAGAGAAUUCAAACUAAAGCUUCUCAAGAGUAUAGCCCCGCUCACGUGGACGCUGUCUCUGCUGUUGCUGCUCUGAACUCAGACCUUUGUAUCUCUGGAGGAAAAGAUAAGACAGUCGUGGCCUAUAAUUGGAAAACUGGAAACAUGGUGAAAAGGUUCAAAGGACAUGAACGUGAAAUCACCAAGGUGGCCUGCAGUCCCCGGUCGGGCCAGUUCUUCAGCGCCUCUCGGGACAGGCGGGUCCUGAUGUGGGACUUGCACGAGGCCUCCCAGCCCAGGCAGCAGCUGUGCGGCCACGCUCUGGCGGUCACCGGCUUGGCCGUGAGUCCAGACGCCUCCCAGCUGUGCACUGGCUCUCGGGACAACGCCCUGCUUCUGUGGGACUUGGGGACCGGACGGUGUGUGGAGAGAGCCUUGGUCUCCAGGAACCUGGUCACUCACCUGUGCUGGGUCCCCAACGAACCAUAUAUCCUGCAGUCCUCUGAAGAUAAAACCAUCAGACUAUGGGACAGUCGGGGGCUACAGGUGGCUCACAUGUUUCCCACAAAGCAACACAUUCAGACCUACUGCGAGGUCAGCAUGGAUGGUCACAAAUGCAUCUCCUGCAGCAACGGUUUUGGAGGCGAAGGCUGUGAAGCCACAUUGUGGGACCUAAGGCAGACAAGAAACAGAAUACGUGAGUAUAAGGGGCAUUUCCAGACAGUUGCAUCCUGUGUUUUUCUACCAAGAACAUUGGCCUUGGUGCCUGCAAUUGCUACCUCAUCACAUGAUUCCAAGGUGAAGAUAUGGAACCAAGAUACUGGAGCCUGCCUUUUCACCUUGUCUCUGGAUGGAUCUGGACCCCUAACUUCCCUGGCUGUUGGUGAUCCCAUCUCCUUAUUAUGUGCAAGUUUCAACAGAGGAAUUCACCUACUCAGAGUGGACCACAGCCGAGGGCUGGAACUGGAGGAAGUGGCAGCAUUCUGAAGCCGAGAGACAUUUACCAAACAAUAUCAAACCAUGGCCCUCUGUGUGGCUUUGUUUUUCCAUGUUAUCUUGAGGUGGGUGGAAUAUAGGGCUGGUGUUCUUUGCUUAGGUUUACUUAGAAGGUAUAUCAGUGUUAGAAGUCAAUUUAAGUUCAGUGGUUCAAAAUCAGGUAUGAAAUUUAGAAACACAGACUAAACAUAAAGUUUACAAUCUAAGUUAAACCCAAAUGCAGUGUUUUAGUGAGCAUUUGGGACAACUCUUCAGGGGAAAAAAAAUGUUUUAUUCAAAAUGAUGAUCUAAAGAUAUAGGAGUGAUGGACCUGUGACUGUGAGAAGAAGCAGGGAGCUUGAUUCCAUCCGUCUCUCCACAAAAAUAAAUAAAUAAAUAGAGAGAUAAGAAGAAAUAAAAGGCAACAGGAAUAGAAUCUGCUUUAGUUGCCUCAAAAAAUAAUUGAGAUGGGAAAGUAGCUCGGCCCAUAGAGGACAUGGAUCGUCUACAUAGUUUAAGCUCUGGGCAUCGCUCCUCAGCACUGAAGGAUCAAAGCUGGGCGAGAAAGCCAAAGCCUCGGCUUCUACCCAGAGCAGGGGAGGUGGUAAACUCCUGCCCUUGCAUGUGCCUUCCUAGACCAGCGCUGCUGAUGUGCUUCAAGAGGCUGACCAGCACAAGGACAUCACCCAGAUCAUAAGAGUUAUCUCAUUUCCAUGGAUAGGAAAAUGGACAGAGAUUAAGGUUGAAAAAGUUUAUUUGUAAUUUGAAUAUUUUAUAUAAAUAAAAUUUCAUACAUAUAUAUACACAUACAUACACACGUGUAUAUAUAUGCAUAUAUAAUAUACAUAUUUAUAAAAGAUAUACAUAUUUAUAAAAUAUGUAUAUAACUAUAUUAAAAUAUUUAUAAAUAUACAAAUAUUAAAUUAUAUAAAUAUAUUUAAUAUAUGUUAAAUGUAUAAUAUAGAAAUGUAUAUAUAUUUAAUAUCUUUAUGUGGUGCUGAGGAUCAAACCCAGUGCCUCACACAUGCGAGGCAGGCGCUCUACCACUGAGCUACAGCUACAGCCCCGAAAGGAGAAAAUUUUUAAAAGGGAAAAAUCAUCACAAGAACAUCUGAAGACAUUAUCUGCUUCACUUUUCUUUUUUUUAUUUAUAUAUAAUAGCAGAAUGCAUUACAACUCUUACUACAUAUAUAGAGCUCAAUUUUUCAUAUCUCUGGUUGUAUACAUAGUAUACUCACACCAAUUCAUGUCUUCAUACAUGUACUUUGGAUAAUAAUGAUCAUCACAUUCCACCAUCAUUAAUUACCCCAUGCCCCCUCCUUUCCCCUCCCACCCCUCUGCCCUAUCUAGAGUUCAUCUAUUCCUCCCAUGCUCCCCCUCCCUAUCCCACUAUGAAUCAUCUUCCUUAUAACAAUGAAAACAUUUGGCAUUUGGUUUUUUGGGAUUGGCUAACUUCACUUAGCAUUAUCUUUUCUAACUCCAUCCAUUUAGCUGCAAAUGCCAUGAUUUUAUUCUCUUUUAUUGCUGAGUAAUAUUCCAUUGUGUAUAUAUUUCACAGUUUUUUUAAUCCAUCUAUUGAAGGGCAUCAGGUUGGUUCCACAAUGUAGUGAUUGUGAAUUGUGCUUCUAUAAACAUUGAUGUGUCUGUGUCCCUGUAGUAUGCUGUUUUUAAGCCACUGUAUAAUUUUUAUAUUUUAUCUCAAGUGUAAUAAUUAUACAAAAAUAUCAGAUGCCUUUAAGGGUACAACUUGCUGAAUUUUUAUUAACUGAAUAAACUCUGAUAAGCAGACUCAGAUGCAGAAGGGUAAAUAUCCAGGAACCUGAAUGGUUGCCACGGCACUCCUCUCCAUGCCUGUUUGCUAAGGAAUUUGUCACAGCAUACAUUGAUUGUGCCACUUUUCUAUGUUAUGUAACUGCUUUGUGAUAGAUAGAAAAUAUGGCCACAAGUUUCUCCCAUAGCUGAACGUGCAUCCCUUUGUGACAUGAAUUCCUCUCCUCCAGAGGGACUGUCUAUUCCAUGCACCUUUAACCUGGGCUGGUCUUUUGACUCAGUUUGACCAACACAAUACAGAGGAAUGGACUCUGCACCUCCUGAGGCUGGACCUUGAGAUGCUUUGCCGGUCUGCUUUGGCCCUCUAGGACUGCUGCUCUCAGACUGCCACAUAAAGAGGGUCAUCUAGGCUACAUGGAGAAGAACCAAGCAUCACCAGAGCAAGGUCACGCGAAUGAGGUCACCUUGGGCCAUCCAACCCAGCCAGCUCUGCAGCUCAGUGCUAAGUAAACUCCAGAUAUCAGAAGAGAAACUCCACAGCUAGCCCCACAAGAUCAUAAGAAAUAAUAAAUCAUUGUUUUAAGACCCUGA